AUGCUUGACAUCGACACAUCAAGGCCGGCGAUUCGGCCGACUAAACUCGUGUCGUAUUCCAUACCUCAGCUGCGAGCGCUCAAGAAGGCCCUGGGGUUCAAUGAGGAUACAUACCUAAACUUUACAGAACUAACCGACAAGUACGGGUAUCCCACAGAGACACACACAGUGACAACCGAAGAUGGAUACAUUUUGAAAAUAUUCAGAAUAUUACCAAAGUGCAGUGGAACAGUUAAACCUUACCCAGUGUUGUUGAUGCAUGGAUUUAUUGAUGCUGCAGACUUGUGGAUAGCGGCGGGUACACGCAUUGGACUCGGCUACGUUUUGGCAAGUAACUGCUUCGACGUAUGGGCAGUCAAUGGCAGAGGCAACGACUACUCCCGGAAACAUGUUAGCCUUGAUCCGGACAAAGAUCCAGAGUUCUGGAACUUCACGUUUGACGAACAUGGCUACUUCGAUCUUCCCGCUUCAAUCGACUACAUUCUCCGCUCCACUGGCAAAUCUAAGCUGUUUUUCGUUGGACAUUCUCAAGGAUCUACAUUAUACUUCGUGAUGUGUUCUCUAAAGCCUGAGUAUAAUGACAAAGUUCGGCUAGCUGUCCAGUUGGGUCCGGUAGCAUGGAUGAAAAAUCUAAACCAUCCUCUAGUGCUCAUAGCGAAACAAUACGUUGCUAUUAAAGCCUUUUUGGAUGGGGCUGGUAUAAGAGAGAUAUUUGCUGGAGAUCGGCUCAUACAUUUUGUUUUGGAGUUCAUGUGUAGGUAUUCCCCAGAGUUCUGUGAGUUCGGACUUUCCUUUGCUACGGGGUACAUGCCAAGAACAAUUUCUAUUGAAACGGUGCCUGUGGCCUUGUCUCAUGUGGUAAGAGGCUCAUCUGUCAAGAAUCUCGCGCAUUUCGCUCAGCUGAUUAUAACUGGACGAUUCCAGAGAUACGAUGAAGGAACAGAAAUGAAUAUUGAACGGUAUGGUACCAGGAAACCUCCAGAAUACAACGUGUCUCUGGUAACCUCACCAGUAGUUUUAAUUAGUGCUCAAAGUGAUUCUCUAUCUACGGUAAAGGAUGUGGAUAUUUUAGCAGCAAGGCUGCCUAAUUUAGUAGAGAACUUUGUUGUGCCAAAACCUUACUGGAGUCAUCAUAAUCACGUAUGGGGGAUCACAGCGCCUGACCUGGUACAUCCAAAGAUAUUAGACUACUUUAAUAAAUAUGUUUAAAUAUAAGUUGAACCCGGUCUCUUGAACUAGGUAAGUUUAUUUUGAAUCAUUAAUUUAUUCACGUGCAU